AUGGUCGACCGCAUCCAAGCCAUCAUCGAAGACGACUUCAAGCACGCGCCCGAAUCCACCCUCUACGACCUCCACUCCAUCUCAGCCGGACCACACCACCACACGUACACCGACCGCGACCGCGCCCUCAUGGCCAUCCUCUGCUCCCUCCGCACCCUCCCUUUUGCCCGACAGGCACAAAACAACUGGUACCCGCAAGGCCUCCCCAUCAGCAAAGACAACAACCUCGUCCUCUACAACCACACCGUCGGCCUCGGCGUAAAGCAAACCGCCAUCUCCCUCGACAGCUUCGUCGACUUGGCACAAUCCUGGCUCUACGUCCGCAACCCAGCGAGCUUGUCUGGCGUCGAUCCUUCUGCGAAGAAUUCCUGGAAGGGAAUUGCGAACACGCUUUCCAACGCCGGCGUCGAUAUCCGCAAAAUCGACCUCCAGCUCUGGGAGGCGCUGACGUAUAGAUUCGAAGGCGAUGACCUCACAGCCGCCAUCGACGAUGUCAUCGAGUGGUCCAAAGACGGUACCCUGGAUAGCCGCCACGCCGCCUGGCGCGACCACGCCAUCUCAAACGCGAAAAACAUACCUGAAUCUCUCUCCUCCGACGGCAUGGCCCCUACCUCCACCCGUCCCCAUUCCACCGGCCUCUACACCAAACGCUUCUCCCACAAACACCCGCUGGGUCGCCCCCGCUCCCUCAUCUCCGACGACGAAAAAGCGGAAUUACGGCGUGAUCGCGCUGCCCGGCUUACUGCUGAGGCAGCAGCCAAGAAAAUAGAAGAUCAACGUAAAGAGAAGAGGGAGAAGAGCAAGGGGUGUUUUUAUAAGGUGAGGAGGGGGUGGAGGAAGAGGAAGAGUAUGGUUUGGUUUGUGUGCUUUAUUGUGGUUAUAUUGAGUGGGAUUAUGGGGGGGCUGGUUUGGGCUAUGGCGAGUGGGAAAUUGGAUUUUACGCCUGGGGGGGAGGGUGUGUGA